AUGGAGAUUACACUUCCAAGGAAAAUGCGGUUACUGCCGAGUUUUUUAUUUCUCGCGGUGUCAGCGCUGGCAGCUGACAACACAAAUUACUAUGAGCAGCCCAUGGAUUACUUUGAUGGUAUUAACUCAAACUUUAAAGUCAACCCUAAUUCAAAAUUCUCUUUCAAUUUUGAGCAAACAAGACGCGACCAGCCCCCACAAAUUGAAAUGAGAGAAGAGGAUGUCGGUAGAUACUUCCAAACCAGACCACAAACAACGACACCUACGUCUAAAUUGUCGAUGAAGGCCGAUAGAGGAUCGAAGCAUGUUUAUCCAAUGCUGAACAAUAACUAUCAGCCACAAGGACAGUGGAGCCAGCCACAAGUGGCGCCGAUGCCACCUCCACCUAAAUUGGACUUUUCAAGACAUAUCAAUCCUCCGAGAAAUCCACCACCCGUAUGGAGUCCCCCAGCGCAACAGAAUGUUCAAACCCCAAACUCCUUCAACAAUUUCCCUCCUCAAGUACCUAAUGUUGGAACACCACCCCCACACCCAGCGCAGUGGAGUCAACCGCCGAAACCUCAAAGCACUCCUCCUCCUUACUACGCUCCACCAGCAGCACCACCGAAACCACCGGCAGGUGUUAGCUUUGCUCCAUCAGCAUCGUAUGUUUCGGAUUCUAUUCGUAAUAACGGCCCUCGCCAGACACCCUCUCUUGCUAACCGUGGAAGCCACAAGUUCAGUUGGGACGAUGUCCAGAAACCAGAACAGUUCAAGCAAAUUGUGAACCAGCAGCCUCACCCAGCUCCGCUCAGCGCGCCACAAUCUAUUCACAACAAACCACCCCCACCCGUACCCACUUUGUCACCCUGGUACGACAACUUUGGCAAAUAA